UCCAGGAGUCACGGACCCUAUCCCCCUCCUCCCUCAGACCCAGGAGUCCAAACUCCCAGUCCCUCCUCCCUCAGACCCAGGAGUACCUGCCCCAGCCCCUCUUCGCUCAGAUCCAGAGUCCAGACCCCCAGCCCCAUCCUCCCUUAGACCCAGGAAUUGGGUGCCCCCAGUUCCCUCCUCCCUUACACCCGGGAGUCCAGUGCCCCAGCUCCCUCCUCCCUCACAUCCAGGAGUCCGAACCCCGGCCCCCACUCAUACACACCCAAGGUCCAAGCCCCCAGCCUCUUCCCUCAGAUCCAAGAAUCUGAGUCCUCCUACUCCCUGGCCUCUUCCAGCCCCAGGGAUAGGACACCCACCCCCCCCAUUUCUAGGGCCUCCAGACUUUGAAUUCCACCCCCUACACUCUGACCCCCUGGGCUUGUUCCAGCACCUCCCCACAUGCCCAUCCUGGGGCCCAGAGCAAAGGCAGUUUGCUGACUUGGUCUCCCUCUGUGUCUCCUUUACUGUCUGCAUUUCUGUCCUCUUCUCUCUCCCUAUCUCCCUUUGCCCUUCUUCUGAUCUCUGUGUUUAUACUGUCUCUGCCUUUGGUUCUCUAAAUCUCUUCGUCUCCUGUCUCUGCAUCUCCAUCUCACUCUGCUGGGUUCCUCCGCUAUUUCUCUGUCCUCUAUCUCUCACCAUCCCAACUUUCUGUUUCUCUUGGUCUCUGUCUCUCUGUCUCUACUUCUGUCUCUCAUCUCUAUCUUUGUUGUCUUUCUCUGUCUUUCCUUCCCUGUCUCUCAUUUCUGUCUUUUCCUGUCUCUUUCUCUGUCUCUCCAUGUGUCUCUCCUCUGUCUUUUCCUGUCUUUCUGUCUCUUCCUGUCUCUCUGUCUCUCCUUCUCUGUGUCUUUCUGACAUCUCUGCCUUUUUCUCCAUCUCCUUUCCCUGGCUGAUCCUCUCUGUCUCUGCAUCUCUCUGUUUCUCCCUUUAUUCUGUCCCCUCCCCCAUCUCUCCAUUUCCCCCCCUCCCCUUUCUCCCCGCAGGCAUGGACCCCCAGCCCCCUCCACCUGCCCAGGGCAGCCCACCUCACCGUGGCCGUGGCCGUGGCCGAGGUCGAGGUCGUGGCCGUGGUCGUGGCCGAGGCUGUGGCCGAGGAGGCGCCGGAGCCCCCCGGGCGCCCCUUCCCUGCCCAACCUGCGGCCGCCUUUUCCGCUUCCCCUACUACCUCUCCCGGCACCGACUGAGCCACUCGGGCCUGCGCCCCCACGCCUGUCCCCUGUGUCCCAAGGCCUUCCGCCGACCGGCUCACCUCUCCCGUCACCUGCGUGGCCACGGCCCACAACCUCCGCUGCGCUGCGCCGCCUGUCCACGCACCUUCCCGGAGCCUGCCCAGCUGCGGCGCCACCUGGCCCAGGAGCACGCGGGCGGCGGGGUGGAGCUGGCCAUCGAGCGCGUGGGCAAGGAGGCAACCGAGUCCAGCUGGGGCUCGCAAGACGCGGGCGAUGAGCAAGCCACCACGGCGGCAGCGGCGGGGGCACCAGAGGAGGCAGCGUGGACCGAGCCAUGGCCAGCUGGGGAGCCCGGCACCCUGGCCGCCUCUGUGCUGACCGAGCCCCGCGAGUCCGAGGAGAAGGAGGCCGAGGCCGGGGCAGCUGAGCUGCGGGCCGAGCUGGCACUGGCGGCCGGGCGGCAGGAGGAGAAGCAGGUUUUGCUCCAGGCCGACUGGACGCUGUUGUGUCUGCGUUGCCGUGAGGCCUUCGCCACUAAGGGUGAGCUUAAGGCACACCCGUGUCUGCGGCCCGAGGGUGACCAGGAGGGCGAGGGCGGGCCGCCACCGAGGCCCAAGCGACACCAGUGCUCCAUCUGCCUCAAGGCCUUCGCCAGGCCUUGGUCGCUGUCCCGCCACCGUCUGGUCCACUCCACCGACCGCCCUUUCGUGUGCCCGGACUGCGGCCUGGCCUUCCGCCUCGCCUCCUACCUCCGCCAGCACCGCCGCGUGCAUGGGGCCCUCAGCCUGUUGGCCCCACUGCCGGCCAAGAAGGACGACAAGGCCGCGGGGACGCGGACCUCAGGGAAAGGGCCUGAGGGAGGCACAGAGGCCGAAGCGGCCUCGGAGGGCGGUGAGGGCGGCCAGAACGGAGGGGACACGGCGCCGGCGCGGCCCCCGGCGGGGGAGCCCCGCUUCUGGUGCCCCGAGUGCGGCAAGGGCUUUCGGCGCCGGGCGCACCUGCGACAGCACGGGGUCACCCACUCUGGCGCAAGGCCCUUCCAGUGCGUGCGCUGCCAGCGCGAGUUCAAGCGGCUGGCCGACCUGGCCCGGCACGCGCAGGUGCAUGCCGGGGGGCCAGCGCCGCACCCCUGUCCCCGCUGCCCGCGCCGUUUCUCGCGCGCCUACAGCCUCCUGCGCCACCAGCGCUGCCACCGCGCGGAGCUUGAGCGCGCAGCCGCCCUGCAGGCGCUGCAGGCCCAGGCGCCGCCACCCUCACCACCGCCACCCCCGCCACCGCCGGCUGAGCAGGAGGAGCCCGGGCUGCCGCUGCCUGUCGCGCACAUCAAGGAGGAGCCCCCCUCCCCGGGGACCCCACCCCGGUCCCCGCUCGCGCCCCCUGUCUUCCUCAGCGCCUCCUGCUUCGACAGCCAAGACCACUCCGCCUUCGAGAUGGAGGAGGAAGAGGUCGACAGCAAGGCCCACUUGCGGGGGUUGGGGGACCUGGCCUCCUGACCCUCACACUACCCCCCUCCCCGUUUGAGCCCUCCUCCCCACGGUUUGCAAUAUGGAGGAGCGAAAUUGAAGGAAGGCCCCUCUGCCUCCUACCCACCCCUCCCCUCCCAGCCCUUGACACUAAGGAGGGAGUGCCGUGGACCACAGGCCCUCUCCAUCACCCACUCCCAGGCACCCCCGUGCUGGUUAGGAACCUCUCGCUCCAAUAUGUGUCUUAAGGCAGGACGAUUUGGAGAAAGAAGGAGGCUGAGGACAAUUGGCCAGAGGGAUGGAGGCUGGUGGAGACACCACUGCCUGCCGGUCCCCCAUUACACAUACACACUGGACACCAUCACCCUCUUUGGAACAGCCAGACCCUGGGGGUCCCCAGUGAGCAAAGGUUCGUCCCUGUCCCUUUGUCUGUCUGCAUAAGUCUGUCUGAAUAAAUGUGAGUUCAUGGAAUCUGAA